CAGAGAAGUAGUCAAAGAUGGCCUGCAGUAACAUGUCUGGUGGCAUGGACCUUCUCUCAGAAGUAAGGAUUGUGCUGCUGGGCGGUAGGACUACAGGGAAAAGUACAGCUGGAAACACCAUCCUGGGAAAAGAGGACUUUGACUUACGAGGAAGUGCACAGUGUGUUAAGAGACAGGGAGAAGUAUCUGGGAGAAAGAUCACUGUGGUUGAAGCUCCAGGAUGGCAGAGGAAUAAAGCUAUAAAGCAGGUGCUCAGGCAGGAGAUUGUGCUCAGUGUGUCCAUGUGUCCUCCAGGUCCACACGCUGUACUGCUGGUUAUGCGGUUGGACUGCAGUUCAUGGGAGAGUGAAAAAGACAUGUUAAAAGGAUGUAUGAUGCUCCUCACCGAAAGAGUCUGGAGUCACGUUAUACUUCUGUUCACCUGUGAGGAAUGGCGAAGAGACCAAACCAUAGAGGAGUAUAUAGCAUGUCAAGGGAAGGCCCUUCAGUGGCUGGUUAAGAAAUGUGGAAACAGAUAUCAUGUUUUCAACUAUGAAAACAGAAAUAAUAACACACAGGUCACAGAACUGCUGGAGAAGAUAGAGAAGAUGGUGGCAGGAAACAGCGGCUGCCAUUUGGAAAUAGACCCAAAGAUCUUACAAGAUGUGAGAUGGAGGAAGGAAGAAGAGGAAAGGAGAGCAACAGUGAGGAGAAUAAGAGGAUCACAUCAAAAAGAAUAUAUUAGAAGUCACAUGUAUCUAUAUCAUCUCUCAGAAGUGAGAAUUGUGCUGCUGGGUUAUAGGAAUGCUGGAAAAAGUUCAUCAGGAAAUACCAUCCUGAGCACUGAAAAAUUUGGGUUAGACCAGAGUGACCAGAGUGUGAAGAGACAAGGAUUAGUAGCAGGAAGGAUCAUCACUGUGGUUGAAGCUCCAGGGUGGCAGAGAAAUAAAAGUUGGAAAAACAUCACUACUGGUUUACUUGAAGAGAUUGUACUCAGCAUGUCCAUGUGUCCUCCAGGUCCACACGCUGUACUGCUGAUUGUGAGUUUAGACUUCGCCUUUGAGGAAAAACAGAGAAAAUCUUUAGUUCAUUACCUGAGCCUCCUCAAUGUGAGUGUCUGGAGUCACACUAUGGUGCUCUUUACAUUUGGAGACUCUUUAGGAGACACAACCAUAGAGAGACACAUUGAGAGCGAAGGACGGGCUCUUCAGUGGCUGGUUGAGAAAUGUGGAAACAGAUAUCAUGUUUUUAACAAUAAAGACAGAAAUGACAACACUCAGGUUUUAGAGUUGCUGGAGAAGAUAGAAGAGAUGGUGGCAGUAAACGAAGGCCAUAUUUGGAACUGGACCCAAACUUAUUAAGAAACAUUAGAAAGCAGAAGUGGAGGAGACCGGAAAAAGGAACGGUACUAAAACAUUUGAUUACAUGUUAUUCAUCGAUUCAUGUAUAAUUCAUAUGCGAUUUAUGAAUUUAUUUAAUGUCAUAUUAAUUUCUUUAAGUAUUAACUUAGUAUCAUAGUUGUCAUCAGGUGAGACAAACUCCAUAGAUAACCUGGUGAUUCAGUACAUUCAGGUUGUCAGCUGACUUAAUUUUAUUGCCGCAUAACUUUGCUGAGUCUUGACCUGAGCAACUGAAGUGCCUCCAGAGACUUGUACCGUGGACACUAUGCAUGAAGGGAGCAUCGCUUCAUGCGCUUCCCUUCUUACCCUGACACGCCCAUCGCGUUGGAAUAGGGUCACUCUGGACCAGGUCACAUGAACUUUUUUCAUCGAGAGCAUAAAGCUUUAGGUUGUGCUUCACUGAAUAUCCGCCAGAUGGCGCA